CAUAUACUCUCUGGCGGGCGUGCUGCUGGUCAUAGUAGUACAGCGCGUAGCUCUAGCUUGAAUCCACGUAAAAUGCGUCGCAGGUUGUUCAUAGAAUCAAGAGGCAAAGGCUAGAAUCGAUUUUUGAGCUGCACAGCUAGUAAAAAGCUUUCGUGAAUUGACGCGUAAGAUACAGCUAUUUGUAUACAAUUUGGGACUGCACGUUAUGAUGCUUGGCCACUGAAUCUUGUAACGCCCCUUUUCUUAAUGUUGUUGAACACACCCCACUUCAACGCUUAACUCAAAUUAAUAAAAGGGAUUUUUGGAAAAUGUGAUUAUUAUGAUAUACAUAUAUGUUCAUAUAGAAAUAGAUAUAUAUGUAUAUAUAAAGAUUAAUAUGAAAGUAUACAAUACUUAAGGUUCUUUUUAUAUUAUAAGAAGAAAUAGAUGAUAAGUAUAAUCAGAAUUUUACUAUUUUUUUAUUUUUAAGAAAAUUAUCAAGUCGGUAAGAUGGUAUUAUAAUUUGAUUGUAAACAUUGCUGUGAACAUUCGUAUAAAUAACAGAAAAAUCAUUGGAAAAUAAAGAAAAAGCAACAAUAGCUUACAGUAUUGAUUGUUUAUUGCUUAUAAUUUAAAAUGUUCGUGGUUAAACUUUGAAUUUCUCAAAAACUUCUUUAACUCUUUUGGAAUAUGUUGAUUCGUUGGAAGAGCAAGGAUAAAGCUUCAAGUAAAAAUUCUACAGGAGAUGGGUCUGGAAGUAAAAAAAAACGUAAAUUUGUGAAAGAAGAAGAAGAGUGGAAUGCAGAUAGCAAGGCUCGAUAUUCUUCUGAAAUUAGUGUGGUCCAGAUUAGAUGAUGCUAAGAGUAAUUAUGAUAAGUAAUAUUUAAGCGAUAUUUAUUCAUUUAUUUAAUUGAAAUAAAUGAGAUAGCAGCCCUCAGGAAAUACAAAAUAUGAUACAAGCAGAAUACGUUAAACUAAAUUAGUUAAACUAGACACCAAGGAAGUGGUUAAGACCUGGUAGUAAAAGAUCUUAGAGAGUUUUUAGAAGUAACAAGGUUUUUAAUGCAGAAAAUAUUUGAAGUUGGCACAGGAAAGUCAGAGGGUAAAGAAGUUAAUGAUAACUCUGGAAGACGUAUCAGUGGCAUCGGCAUUGGAAUUAAUAGCGGAAUUAGCUUGGCACUCCAAAGUCGGAACGCCACUGUUAUCAGUGGGCGUUCUCGAGAGGAACUCCGCAGACACACCCUGAGCGGCGAUCAUCAAUCAUUACACCAUCAACAGUGCGGAACUAUGCCGGCUAGCAAUACUAUUGGGGUCACCUCAACCGCAGCUCAAAGUAUUCACCCACUUCAUCCACGACAUCUGCCUCCGCCUCAUUCUCAAUACGGAGCUUCCUCACGGCAAACCGCAAUGGACCUUGAGAUGGGGACAAAAUCUCGACAGAAAAAGUUACCCAUCCCUCGAGGCUACCCACCCCCGUCAUCAGCUAUGCUUUUCGAUGACGAUCCAGGGAUCAUGUCUGAAGUAGAAACUUCAAGCACUGGAUUCCGUCGUGGUGGAAAACAACGAAGUAGUUUACCAGUUGUACGAACACCUAGUAAGACACUUGAACGCCCCUUAGGACUUGUAUUUUUGCAGUACAGAAAUGAAACUAAAAGAGCUUUAUUACCCAAUGAGAUAACAAGUAUUGAUACUGUUAAAGCACUUUUUGUAAGAAGUUUCCCAAAACAACUUACUAUGGAAUAUUUAGAUAGUCCACAUGUAAAAAUCUACAUCCAUGAUAGUAACAAAGACAUGUUUUAUGAACUUGAAGAUCUAAGGUCACAUUUGCGAGACAUUAGAGAUCGUACAGUUUUACGAUUGUUUGAAAGCGACGGUAUAGUAGGAAUGCCAGGGACUUUAGGUGUGCCAGGUGGUAAUAUGCUUCCGUCACAUUGGGAGGAUCAAAGUUAUUUUAGCGAACCAGAAUUUGAUAGUGAAUUCCAACAUCAACAUAUACACAAAAGCAAGAAUACUAAAAAUUCAAACUCUGGUAGUGGUUAUUACUUAAGUGGUAGCAGCACAUUGCCACGAAGUGGAGCCUUGAUACAUUCUUAUAGUCCAGCGGCAAUUGUACUUCCCGGAUCAUCAUCAGUAGUUGCUUCUGGCCAAUCAAAGUCGGUGGGAAAUUCAGAUCGAUCACAUGGAGAAACUGGUUAUACGAGUAGUCCCGAGCGAGGAGGUGGUGUUGGCAUAAGCACGGCAUCGGUUGGUAGCACAGGCAGCAGUACUGGUCCAGGCUCAACCACUUCAAGCAGGUAUCCUCCAGGAAGUUUUAGCGCAGGUAGUAGCUACGAAGAUCCCUACUAUUCGCAGUAUUCUGGUACUGUAACGCCAGUCAUCGAUGAAGAAGCUAGCAGUGAUAUGGAUCUAUUGGAAGAGUCAUACAGUCUUUACGGUGUUAAACUAUCUGGACGACAAUCAACUGGUCAUCCACACUCUCCGUUUGCAGCCACUGGUUCUACACUCCUUUCUACUGGGCAGCCCUACGAUACUACUCGAAUAAGAGUUGAACACAUGGAAAGACAGCUUGCUAAUUUGACGGGACUUGUGCAGAAAGCUUUAACUCACGCUCCCCAUCCACCUACAUCGGCUAGGGACUAUUUGCAGGUUCCGAUUGGUCGAGAUACAUUUGCAAAAAGUACAGAUGACACCUAUUUAAGGACUGAUGCAAAGCCGCCAAAACUUGGUAAAGAUAAGUCAGUCUCCUUUGAGAAGUCCGUAUCUUUUAGUGACGAACCGCCAGAUAUGAACUCCCCAAAACAACAUUCUCCACAACACACAGCGGAUUCCAAACCUACCAAACCAGCUAUCAAAUCGUCAACAUUGCCGAGAAUGUCUUCACAAGAAAAAGAAAGAAACAAACCUACCCCACCACCGAAACCUGUUGCCCUGGCUACAGGCCAAUUUGUCUACAGGGAUUUAUCACUAACCCCGGAAAUGUACAAUCAGUUAAGAGGCAUGCAAAAGAAAGCAAAAGACCUGCGUCAAGAGAUAAAAAAUCUUAGGCGGAUGUCUCAAGCACAAGCCCAUACGGUGCGUGAAACUAUACGGGAUGCAUUUGUUUCCAUUAGAACAAUUCUAUUAUCAAGCAGAGAACAAGAUUGGUCUAGUAGCGACGCAGAAAAGCUAAGACUAAGUAGAGAUGAAGAUCUGUAUAAACAAGAAAUGUUAUGGCUUGAAAAAGAUUUAACUGGAUUAGAAAGUACUGUCGAAGAGCUUCGUGGCAAUGUAAUUAACCGAAAAACACGGGUUAACAUGUCUGAUGUCGAAAAUAUGGCAUUGAUUCUCAGUAAAGCAAGUAAAACUGUCGCUGAUUUAAAAGUUCGUUUUCCGAAUCUGCAAGAGGGUAUGAAGGGUCUGCUAAGCUCAGAGAUGGAAAAAGUCAUGAGAGAAGAAAAAUUCUUGAAAGAGGAACCAGAUCGGCUAGAGUCGGCUCUGAAACGCUGCAAAAAAUUGACUGGUACACUCGUCACACUUAAACGUUUGGCUUCAGUACAGGAGCAACGUCUGCCAAACUCUGGUAGCGUCGAUACUGAAGAGAUUUCACCUAUUACACCAGCUACUGGGCAACAAUCGAAGCAGACAACUACCCCAGUGCCAGCGGACCGCUUUGCUUUGGACUCAACGCUCAUCUCUGGGGGAAGCCACGAGUCUACCGAAUCAUCACACUGCACCAGCAGCCAUUCCCAACGUCCGGAGAACGCACUCGACGCUUUGCUAGACGAAUUACAGACUUUCAGCCGGCCAACAUCUUCACUCUCCCAGGUAUCGUGCACUUCGAUGCAGCAACAAAUCAUAACAUUACAUUUAGCAGAAAUUGGUCGCCCCGAAAGUGAUACCUUCACUAAAUUUGGAGGAUCUACUGGCCGAACGCCCACUAUUGCGGAAAUCGGAAGAAAAGGCAGUAUAGAUUCAUCCUGCCUACUGCAACCCAAUGUAAAUCAAUCAGGUACACUGCUUCGUCUUCACUCAUAUCCCUCAAGCUCAGACACUGAUACUUAUCCACCAGUUGGUCUCAAAUUUACUACUACUACGGGCCAAGAAGAGGAAACAGAGCAUGAAACCAACAGCCAGUUACUGACGAAACCUCCCGUCCCUGAGCGUAAUGCUGAAUUACUGCAAAUGGUAAGUGUACGACGUAUACCUCCACCUCCACCACCACGUACCAGCUCAAGAUCACCUUUGGCCAGCCCAACAAGUCCACAGCUACCACCGCGGAACCCUUGCGUAGUUGGACUUCCAGCUACGACGCUGAGGCGAAUUCAAGCACCACCGCUUAUUAAAGCCUUUUCUGAAAACAAUUACAAGCUACCAGUAGAUUUUCAUUGUCCUGAACCUAACAACAUCAUCUCAGCAAGUAACUCAAGCUCAUUUGAAAGUGUUAAUUCCCAGGAGGGCCUACAAAUAAAAAAAGAGCGCCAAGAACAACUAGAUCAGCGUCACCAGGAACUACUGCGCAAACAGAAGGCACUACAGGAACAAUACACAAGGCUACAGCAACUUCAACGCAAUGCUUCAGGUUGCUCGGCCAGUGUUCCACCAUCUUCACCAGACUUAUUAAAGAAAACAGGCUCAGAAAGUAACCUGCUAGCUAAGAUGGGGUUAGGCUUAAGCACGGCUACGACCUCGGGCUCCCUGACAAGCUUGAGCAAUGCUCAACCUAUUAGUCAGUCGAUACUUUUAUUACCACGAGAUAGCAGCCGCAUCACAGAAAUAGGCAGCGUAAUGACCAACACAGAGGCAGCUGCUCUUCUUAUCACCAACUCAAAUGGCAACGACGGUACAAGUAGUGUCACGACCACUAGCAAGGUCUACGAAACAGAUAUUCUGUGACUAAAAACAUGUCUGGCGCAGUUACUUCCGUUCAAAUAUUGCAAUAAUUUCGUCGUACUUCUGCCAUAUUUUCAUGAACUUAAAUUCUAUUUUACUCGUUUUUAAAUGUGUUACGCCCUUGCUUAUCCAGAACAUAGCUCACAUGCAUGAAAGCUGAAACAGUUUACCGGAUAUUAAACAUGAUAAAGCUCGAUAUCUGAAUUUACAAGAAAUUCUACAACUUUGAUGAAAUUAGGAAAUAUAUAUAUUAGAA